CAGCUUAGAUUUUGGACUUUUCCAAGCCUUGCAUGAUCAACAUUGAUAUCCAUUUUUAGUAUCAAAGUGGAUUGGAAAUCAUGGCCGACAAAAUGAAGCUGAUCUAUUUCAAUAGCCGUGGUCGAGCUGAGCCUAUUCGGUAUAUAUUCGCUCAAGCCGGCGCUGAUUACGAGGAUUGCCGGCUGAACAAGGAACAGUGGGCCGAACUCAAACCAAAAAUCCCAUUUGGACAAAUCCCUGUCUUGGAAUACAAGGGCGAGUACAUCGGGCAAUCCAUGGUCAUCGCUCGAUUUGUGGCCCGUGAAUUGAACUUGGCCGGCAAGGACAACCUGACCACGGCUAAGGCUGACUUCGUUGUGGAUUGUCUCACUGAAUGCUUCAACAAGGCCAUACCUAUCGUCUUUGAACAAGAUGAAGCAAAAAAGAAAGAAUCAAUGGAGAAAUUCUUCGACGAGGAUUUCAAGACUUUCGUGGAGCAUCUCACGUCUUACAUGAAGGCCAACAAAGGAAGUUAUCUGACGGGAGCAGAGCUCACCUACGCUGAUUUAGUGUUCGCCAGCGUAAUGGAAGCCCUCGAUGGAGAAGUUGGUGAAAUAUGCAAAAAAAUGGCCCCAGAGUUGGGUCAGCUGAUGAACAAGAUCAACGAACUACCGAACAUCAAGAAAUGGAGGGAGACAAGACCUCAAGAUCACGAGUACGUCCGCCGUGAUCUACCGGCUCAAGCAAGUACAACCAUUACUUACAUCAUGCCCGCUAAGAUGAAAUUGAUCUACUUCAAUAGCCGAGGUCGAGCUGAAGCAAUUCGCUAUAUCUUUGCUCAAGCCGGAGUGGAAUAUGAGGAUUGCCGGCUCGAAAAGGAGGAAUGGGUGGAACUCAAGCCAAAAAUCCCGUUUGGUCAAUGUCCUGUCUUGGAAUACAAGGGAGAGUACAUCGGUCAAUCCAUGGCCAUUGCUCGAUUUGUGGCCCGAGAGUUGAACUUGGCCGGUAAAGAUAUCCUGACCACGGCCAAGGCUGAUUUCAUCGUGGAUUGUAUCACCGAUUGCUUCAACAAGGCCAUUCCAAUUUUCUACGAACAAGAUGAAACAAAGAAGAAAGAGAUGGCCGCAAAAUUCUUCAAUGGAGAUUUCAAGACCUUUUUGGAAUAUCUCACUUCGUACAUGAAGGCCAACAAGGGCGCCUAUCUGACUGGAUCCGAGCUCACCUACGCCGAUUUGGUGUUUGCCAGCAUUCUCGAAACAUUUGAAGGAUCAGUGGGUGACUCGUGGAAAAAAAUGGCCCCAGAAUUGGGUCAGCUUUCCGACAAGAUCAAUAACCUGCCCAAUAUCAAGAAAUGGAGGGAGUCCAGACCCAAGACCGAGCGUUAAACUCUAUGAAUAUUUUCUACCUUGUGUCUCGGCCUCGUUGAACGUGUUUCUGUGACAUUAUGAUCUUGAAAUGUACCUUCUGUGUGGGUGAUGUUACUGAUGUAUUGACCUAAAUAAGAUCUGGGCCAUCUGGAUCAAGGAUACCGCGACGAGCUGAAUCUGCCAACCGAGAAACUGUGCAAUGUAAUGCAUACAAAACUCCUCCCACACAUACGUAUAUAAAGAAAAAUGAGCCAUUGUGA